CUCACAAAUAGCGUGGUAGUCCGAUCCGGUCACAAAGGUUAUGUUUACGUUGCGUGUGUGUGAAAUGCAAGAAUUGCGAGAUUUUAGUUAGAUCGUGGCUGCGAUAUUACGAAAGUAAUUUUUACUCGAUUGUAUAUGAGUUGAAAUUUAAUGACGCAUAUAUUCGAGUGAUAAUAUUGUUAUUAAAAUAAUAAAUGUGGUAGUAAAGUUCCUAAUGCUUGAUACAAGAUCAUGGAAGUGAGAUGCAAACAUUGUUGUAAGCACCUUUUUAAGGGUGAUUCUAUGUUACUUAAUGCACAUCAUCAAAUAAAACGGCAUCCGACAGAUAUGGGAUGUAAGACAGAUGAAUAUGAUUGCUGUUCAUACAUGACUGUGGAAAAUGUGCCAGAUUGGAUCUUGGACGUUAUUGAACAAGAAUCCUGGACUAAGGGGAAACUAUAUUGUCCACAUUGUAACAGUCGGUUAGGAACCUUCAAUUUUGUAAACGACUUAAAGUGUUCCUGCGACGAGUAUGUAAAACCUCCCAUAAGAUUAGUUAAUAGUAAAUUGGAUAUUCUAUAUGAAACUGUAAAAUAUAAUAGUUAAAUGAAUAUCUGUAUUAAUUAUAAUUAAUAUAUCCAUGAAAUUGUAGGUGAAAUUAUAGGGCAUAAUUUUGUA